AUGGCAGCAUUUUCACCGUGCAGAGAUAUUAACAGCACUAUUUUAUGCAAAAGUGGAGCGAUUUCUUUGGUGGGCUCUUCGGCUUUUCCUCUGCAGGAACCAAGACCAACGCCUGCUAAUUGUUUGCUAAAAGAAAGGGUCAUUUCGCAAAGAUUUUUCUCAAGAGCAGCAUCCUUUUUGUCAAUGAAAGCCUCUUGUAGAUUAUUAUUUAAGAAAGUACCUUCUACAAUUCCCAGAUGCAGUGACCCCUCUAACUCGAGUGUUGGUAAAGAAGAAAUCUCAGACCAGGAGAAGACACCUUUUGGAUACACAAGAAAGGAUGUUUUACUGAUUGGACUUGGAGUUACUCUUGCUGGCAUUGGCCUGAAAAGUGGAUUGGAGUUCAUUGGAGUUGAUCCGUUACAAGCUGGGAAUGUUGUUCAGUUAGUCCUGGUAUUGGGGCUUACAGUCGGAUGGAUUUCUACUUACAUAUUCCGAGUUUCAAACAAGGAAAUGACAUAUGCUCAACAGUUGCGCGAUUAUGAAGACAAAGUCAUGCAGAAAAGAUUAGAGAGCUUGACAGAAGCAGAGUUAGUAGCAUUGCUUGAACAGGUUGAGGAAGAGAAGAUACGCGUGCCUGGUGGUGAGCAACAAGUCAAAUAA